UAGUAUUAUAAGUUGCGCUCUUGUUUUGACCGAGGAGAUUUCCGAUACGUAGAAGAAAGACGACGAUUUAUGAUUCUAAUAACUUUCAGCCGAAGAGGAUAUUUCUUGGUGUCAGGCGAUCGUAAUGCUCUAGGGCGAUGAUCGAUGGAUCGACAGGAUUGAUAGAUGGAGAGCAGCGAUAGAAUGGAAGCGCCAGCGAUGAUCCCGCGCAAGAGGCGAGGCUUUCGCAGGCCGUCGCUCAAUCCCGACUCCACGGCUCGCAAGAAGCUCAAGUUCAAGGAUCAGGUGUCGCUGGAUAUAGUUUCGGCAGAUUUCCUGCUACCAAAUGGCGAGGUUGUGAGCGGCGUGGAGAUCAAGAGAUCUUCCUACGAAAAUGUGGAUGCCUUGCUCGACGAUCUUGCAGAGCGGCCUGCAGAUGGUCCCGAUGGGGUGCGGAAGCUCGAUUGGAGCAAGGAAAUGUGGGUCGAGGAUGAGAGUGGCGAAAGAAUCGAUGAUAUCGGGAAGCUUUUCUCCGAGGGCGCGCGGAGGAAGAUCCUUGUCCAGGAUGGGAACAAGCGCACGGUUCACCGGUAUUGGUGGAACGUGACACCAGAAGUUGAAAUGCUAGAGAGGCUCCCGGACGGAUACACGCUAGAGACAGCUCUAGCCGAUCAUGUGGACAAUGCACUGCAAGCAGUGUGGGAGAAUCAACCAGGUUUCAGGCGACUCGUCAGCGUGGAGAUUGAUCAAGAUACCAUUACAAUCUUUGAUACGGGAAUGGGAAUGGAUGCCACGGCUCAAGAUUCAAUCGAGAAAUGGGGAACCGUGGGAGCUUCCAAUCACCGGAAUGUUCAUCGACAGGGAAUUGGCGGCGAUCCUCCAUUUCUCAAGCCUUAUCUUGGGAAGUACGGUGCUGGAGGGGUCGCUGCUGCUCUCUUCCUUGGCUUGUCUGUGGAAGUUCGCUCGAAGACGAGGAAGUCCAAGCGAGUGGUCAGCCUCAAAUUCAGCAAAGCUGCAAUGGAAACAGGAGGAGGCAGUCGGAUUUGGAGAACCCGCGGAGGCUUUCAUCUGAUGACUGAGGAGGAGGCUAAGAAGUCACCUCACGGAAGUUUUACUUGUGUGAAGAUAUCUGACCUGAAAUCUUCUGCGUGUAUCGAAGGACAACGGCAGUACUGGGUCUUGAAGCAAGUGAAGCAAAUGCUCAAAGACAUAUAUUCUCUGUAUAUCCAGUACGAUGGUGUUGGGAGCUCGAGUGGAACUAUGACUCCUGUUGAGUUUGAGGUGAACGGAGAGAAUUUGCUGGAGGAGCUUGGCGGCGAGAUUACAAGCUGCAACCAGCACUCUUCCCCUGGAGAACCGUUUAUUCUAGAUCUGCGCCUUGUUUCUGCGUCUUCGGAGGAAGCCCAUGCACGUUUGACAUGCCAGUACUUUCCAAGCAUCAAGGGAAGGGAAAAGCUGAGUGACGUCAUUGAAGAUCUAAAGAGUUGCAGAAAAGACUUCAAGGAAAACUUCGACACAUUUCCCAGGGUGGGACUGAGAUGGUUGGGACGACUUCUGCCGAAUGCAAGAUGGAAUAGCAUGCCGUUUAUGGAUGCAGCUUCUAAAAAGAGUGUGCUACGCUGGAUAAAGAGGGUGAAAGUGUUUGCAGAUGUGGAUGCAGGGUUCCAUCCAACCCCAAGCAAGACGAAACUUGUGGAGGAUCAUCCUUUUACGACUGCGUUAAAGCAACUUGGCAGCAUGGAAGAGGAUACAGUCCCAGCAGACGUGAAAACAACGAUAUACUUUCAAAGCAAGGUGUUGGAGCCUCCUCAGGUCAUUGCCGAAUUUGCAAACUGGACGAAGAGAAUGCAUGAAGAAUUUGACCGGGAGGUCGAAUUUGGAGACGAUCCCACAUACGUCAUUGGCCAAAGUGAAUUGAAAAGGCUUCUAAAGGUCGAAAAAGAAGUUCUCUGUUUUCACAAGUGCCUCAAAGAUCCGCGUGGGGACUGGAGAGCGGGCGAUAUGGUGAAGCUACAGAAAGAGCUAUACAAAGGCAAGCAAAAUUUCUACGGUGUCAUCGAGUGGUUCUUCUGCGAUGGAAUCGACGAACAAUACGGGGAAGUGAAGAUGGUUUGCAGGCCCGUGGAGCUACUGACUACGGAAGAAGAGAGCAAGAUUGAGACGGCACAGAUUUGCAGCUUCAAGCUCAACAGGUGCAGGUGGUUUCCUUGCAGCGUUCUGAAUUCGGAGAAGUGCCACCGCAUGACUCCAAGUGAGUGGCAUACACAGGAGAAUCGGCUGAAGGGAAAGCUGCCGGCAUUCGUAGAGCUUCUCAACAACGACGACAGGCGAGUGUUUGGGGGGAAACAUCUGCAUCGGAGUAACCUCACGUUCGAAGCGGGAUACGUGCUCCAAAUCGACUCGUUUCUGGUCGUGGUGCGUCCACAGCAAGGCACUGGAGCGAGUUGCAAGCAAGCGGCGAUUGUUGCAGACCCCCACCGGAUGAAGGCGGAAGUGCAUUUCUCGUCGAAAGAUCGUGACGAGACGAAGAUGCAAGGGUGCUACUACGCGGAGGUUGAAGCCAGAAACGGUAUCAAGGGAAUCUAUGCCUUCGCUGCGGGCACAAUCUUUCCAGAUCUUUGCAAGGCUGGGAAGUACAAGGUGGAGUUCUCGAUUGAUGGGCAUCCGGACCUUAAGCCAGCAGUUUGGGAGGUGAAUAUCAAAUCCUUGGAGUUCGUUUCCAGAUGGCAUGUUGAUACCAAGGCAUGCACCGGGAUUACCUUGGAGGAGCUAGUAACGCAGAACUUUACUGUUCAGGGAUUUGACACCUACGACAAUCUGGUGCCAUUCUCACAGCCUUGUCCGAAUUUGUGCAUGGUUCUCGAGACAUUGGAGAGCACGAGGCUUAGUACAGUUUCGCUUGGACGUGAGAGCGUGAGCUUUUCCCAAAAGAAGGACAAAAUGAAUGUCGGAAACUUCAUAGUUCGGGGCUGCAUACUGCCGGCUCACGACGCUCGUCUAUGCUUCUACGUUGGAAACCAGAAGCUUGGACACUGGAGAUGUCAAGUUUAUCCUGGCAAGCUUGCACGACUGGAGCUUGUGAAUAGCUCUCUCGAGCUCGCUCCUUCUGGAUCGAUGUUUUGCGUCAAGCAACCACUGGAUCCCGACAGUUACUUCCCGUGCAUGGUGUUCAAGGGAUUCGAUGAAUGGGGAAACUCCGUUAGCCAGGGAACUCGGAUGCGUCUCCAGCUAUCUGGCGUACACCUCUCACAGCAAGAACAACCAAAAAGAUCUUACAUUGGACGGGAAGUUACCGGACUCAACGUUCAUGUUGUGGACGAAGCUGGUAACGUCGACACAGCAAUAGGAGGCACAAUCUCAAUGAGCUGGGACAAAGACAUAUGCUAUGUCGUCAACAAGGGACAGUGUCAGCUAAGGGGACUCACUGUGCCAAAGACUCCUGGAUUGUGGGAAGGACGAGCAUGGCACUCGGACUAUCAACUUAUGAGCUUAGCUUUCGAGAUUCAAGUUGAACUGGCGGCUGCUUGUAAACUUGUUUGUGAAGCACAAGUAAUUGCCGGAGGCUGCGGGGAAGAAAUAGCUCUCAAGUUUGAAGCACGCGACGAGCUCAACCUUCCUGGAUUUCUGAGCAAUGAAAUCGUCGAACAGAUGGAAGUGGAGGUGUUUCCCGAGGAAGACUACCUCACCGAUGAGAAUGUGCUGCUCAGCAGAAGAAUUUCAAGUACAGAAGACAUGAAGUACAGCCUCAGGGUUGUUCUCGACGGAAAAGAAGGCUUCUACGUCGUCACGUUGAAGAACGCUAUGCAAGCUUUGAGCUGGAGAGUGUAUCUUGGCUGUGGAGACGUUCACAGAUUGGUCCCAUUCUGUGGAAAGCGUAACGAGCUGCUCAAAGCUCUCAUGACAGCUGAUGCGGGCCGCCGGUUCUCGGUUUGUAGGC